CAUUGUCGUGUCACAUGACUGCUGUGUCCUUGGUAACGCAGCGCAGAUCCCGUCGGUCUCCAUGGUGACUGUGUACACUGAUCCUGAGGAAGCCGCAGCGGUACACCAUGAGCCGGACUCUGACCCAAGUGCCGCCGGGCCCCGGACCCCGAUACCGGGCCAACCGCAACUACGACUUCAUCUACGAUCCUUUAUACACGUUGUCCAGUGAGAAGGAUCAUGCGCAGGCGGCGUUCAGAGCGCACGUGUCACAUGACCGGAUGCAAAAAGUCCCGGAGUUCCCGUCGAUGUUCAGUGAGUUGGUGCACGAGCCGCGGUUCACCCUGCGCCUGCAGCUCAAAGACCCCGUCCCCCAAUUCAUCAGCCGACAGUGGAGGGGACGAGAGGAGCAGAGACUGAGCGCGCUCCGACAGCUGAACGGAUUGCAGCCGUCAUCAUCUGUCACCCAGGGAGAUGCUGAUAAUGGAGACGUCUCUGGUAGAAACAGAUACAAAUUUUUCGAGAGACCUCUGAUCCCGUUCUCCCAGCAGACGGCGCCCACCGUGCUCCUCGCCGUCUCCAGGGCAGAGAACACCCCCCGAGCGGAGCGGGCGGCCACCCCCUUGGUGCGCACAGUGGCUGUUCAGACCGACUACCGGGACAGCGAGGCGCAGACUGACCCCUACAGUCCGGAGUUUACGGUGCGGCCCGGGUCGGUCCCGGAGGUCCUGAUGCUGGCGAACCUGACGUGGGGACACGGGCUCCCGGCCGGCCUGGCGGAGGUGGAGAUGAUCGAGCGCGCCCGUGAGAAGCGAGCCUGGGAAGCCACUCUGCCCCCCCUGAGCGAUCCCUCCCAGCUGGAGAAGAGGAGGAAGAUGAUGGACGAGCAGGAGAGGAAGGAGUGGGCCUUCAGGGAGCGGGAGAUCGACAAGUUACAGGCGGCGCGGCUGGAGGUGCUCCGGAAACUUCUCCAGAAACGAUCGGAGACCCAGGAGGAUCUGGACACCAAGAGACUGGACGCCAAAUGGACGAAACUGCAAAACGACAAAGAAGAGCGCGCUCAGCGCAUCCGGAAGGAACACAUUAAAGCCAUCAGGAAGUUAUCUCAGAAGAUGGGUAACGUAGAGGAGAAGCUGGAGAGACGUGACAUCAUCCAGGACUUCACGGACUACUCCUCCCAGACGUACGCCCCGCUCGCCCGCAUCGGGAACUUCCCGGACCGACUGUCGGAGCAGUUCACAGUGAAGAGCCCCUUCCUGAACUCCUACCAAGGUUUGCUGGACUUGGAGGCAAAUCUCCCCGACUUUGUGACACAACCGCGCAUCCGCGCCCCCAAACCCCGGAGCACGACCAAGGACGGAUUCCUGAAACGCCAGGCCCUGCUGGAGCGCCAGAUGCAACAAGUCCACGAGGCUCUGCUGGAAAAGAAGAACAAAUCCCAGCAAGCAGACAAGACACUGCGCUUCCUGCAGAAGAUCGAGAAGCCGGCCCCCCGUCCUGCCACCCCCAGAGUGCCGGAGCCCCCCGAGGGCGACGAGGAGAAGGAACUGGCUGUGAUCUUCCUCCAGAAGCUGAUCCGUGGACGGGCCACGCAGAACAUGAUGUUUGAAGGGAAGGAGAAGCGUCUGGAGCUGAUCCGGGAGCAGCGGAUGACCCACGCCCUGCAGGAGGAGGAGCAACUGCUGAAGAAGGAAGAGAGGGAGGCGGCCAUCACCCUGCAGAGACAGCGGGGACUCCGGGACCACCAGUCAUCCAUAGAGGACGAGCAGCUGUCCUGGUUGGAGGGGGGGGUCCUGUCAGACAUGUUUGACUUCCUCUCCAAGGAGCUGGUCCGGCUGCAGGAGGAGCGCAGGAUCCACGCAUUUGCAAUGCUCGCCGAGCGCCAUCGCCGCAUCCGGGAAGCAGAAGAGAGUGGGCGGAGACAAGUGGAGGAGAGGCGGAGACGAGAGGAGGAUGAGAUCUUCAGACAGGUUGUAGACAUCCAUCAGAGUACGGUAGAUUCCUAUCUAGAAGACGUCAUCCUCAGCACAGUCGCUCACACUGCAGAGGAUCAGGCCCGAGAGGAGAUUCAGAGGAAAGCCCAGGAGAUCAAUGAUAUCGCCUACCAGAUGGAGAGCAGCCGCACCGCCCUUCAGUCUGAGGAGAUUGUGGCAGAAUUGGUUUACAGUUUCCUAAUUCCUGAAAUCCAGAAGAAAAGUGUCAGAGAAAGAGUGAGGAUUUCCCAGCGCAGACAUCUUCAGGCCGCGCACCAUGUGAUCAACAGCAAUACAGAGACUCUGCUGAGCGAGGCCGCGGACCCCCCAACACCCCCAGCCAAGAGACAGUGAUGACCCUUCACAACCUCAGACCCCCGUACAGGGAUAAACCCCCAUACUGACCCCGCUCUGCAGACAGAAUGCCCAUUAUAAUGGAGUAUUAUAAUGUUAUAGUGCCCCCCAGUGUCUGCUGUAAUGGAGGACGGAGUAUUAUAUUAUAUUAUAUAAUGUUAUACUGUAAUGGAGGACGAGUAUUAUAUUA